AUGCUCCACAACAACAUUAACAUCGGUCCUGGUGUUCUUCUCUCAUCGAGCAAGAUAAUAAGAUCCCGACAAUUCCUGGAGAAGAAGCAGCCGACCCCCGGUUCUACAGGUGGCCGAAGGAAGAAAUCAACCGCCAAGACACCGGCUCUGGUAAAAGACAAGUCCGGAAGCAAGGGUAAGGAACCGAUAGUAUUCACGGAACCGCGCUUAGAAAUGCAAGAUGAGGAAGACUCGGCUUCCACAUCUGACCAAACCGGCUCGCAGAAAACCGAUGACAAUCCAUCCGAUAAAGAAGAAGGACCGAUUAAAGAGGAACAAUCGGCUACAAGUCUUGACAAUGCCGGUGCGGCCGCAAUCCCUAAACACACCGAUGCCGGUGCAGACGACCGUGGGGAGGAAGAGGUUCCCGUUGAUAACGACCAGAAGAUAGCCGAGAACAUUGUACGCAAAAUCUUGGCAGGAAUUCAUCUGCAAGCUCAAAAGGCAGCACAAGCAUACAAUGAGUGGUUCUUGAUCCGGUGCAAUAAAUUCUUCAAACAUGUGCUACCGGACCUAACCACCGGACAAAGAUUUGAAAGAAUUCUGGAGAUAGAGGAAGACGUUAUCCAGCUCACAAACGCCGAGGAUCCCAACCCAGCCAUGGACCGACACGCAAUAGUGGAACCGCGUGCUCGGUUACAAAAGCUAACCGCACAUAUACGAAAGCUUACAGAAAGGUAUGUUGCGGGAACACCGAAGGCUAAGUUACAACUCCUGGUGUUGGAUAUGCUCGAGGUCAAGAAAGGAGAAUUCAUUGACGAGAUAAAGCAGAUUGAAGCGGUGCGCAGACAGCAAGGUACAGCGCACUCUUCGCGUCUUGAAACCGAUGACGGUCAGAAUCGAGGUGAUACGCCUCCUCUAGCGGAUCCGGUCAUCAACGAAACCGACGAAUGGACAGAGACUCCUUUCACCGGGCCACUUGAAACCGAUCAACUUGGGGAUUCAGAACCGGUUGUCACUGAAGAAAGAGUAAAGACUCUUAUUCAAGAGUUUGCCAACUCAAAGGUUCGACCAUGGAAGAGGAAAAUCAAGAAAGUCGCGCGCCAAACAUUCUUGUUAGCCGAAAAAACGAGGGAUGAUCUUGUGAAGGCAGAUGCCCGGAUCACAGAAAUUGAAGCCGACUACCGGGACGAUACUACUCUGCACAACGAACAUCUUAAGCGAACCGAAGACUUGGAAGAUAAGACCUCCAAGAUGGUGGAUGACUUGGAACGGUUUCAAGAGAAAACCGAUCAACAGUUCACAAAAGUAGAUGAGGACCUAGGGCGGUCAAGCACCGAAGUCGGUUCAACACUUGACAGGGUCGUAGAUCUUGAAAAGAAGAAUGCAAGUCUUGAAGAGCGCAACGACAGUCUUGAAGCCGACCUUAAGGCGGUCACCGAACAUGUGACUGAGUUGAUAAAUGCAAAGAUUAAUGUUGAUAAAGCGGUUGAAGAGGCAAAUGCUCAAGCGGCUAAAGAACUUCAGGAUGCCUUGGAUGACCAGAACCGGACAGUGAAGGAAGCACCGCGGUCAUCUGAUGCGAACUUCAACGAACGAUUACGAAUAUCAAUGGCCAGAGAUCCGGCACUUGCAAAGAGCAUAGCAGCUCAAGCGGCCGAGGAUGCAGAACGGUUAAACACAGAAAAACAAAGGCUCGAAGGAUAUGUCAAGGCAAACAAGAAGACCAAUGCGGCUUCUUCCUCUUCGGUUCCGGCAACACGGAAAAGGAAAACACCAUCAAGAAAGGUUCAAGUAACCGGAAUGCUGGAGAGAAUCACCGAGACAAAUAUCGAAACUCCACCGAACCCGGCUUCCCAAACCGAGGAUGAAAUCGAAGAGAAUCUCGAGCCGCGAUCUACAAGACAGCGAGUUUCCUAUGCGGUUCCAGUCAGCACGGUCGGUCAACUGCAAGUUGGAGGUUCAUCUUCAAGACCGGCUCAACCGGAUGAAGAACAACCAACCGAUGACAUGUUGAAAGACUUUCUGCCAUCCGAAUCAGAAUAG